CUGCCUUUUGUUAGAUAUAAAAAAAAGCAACCGAUCGGUCAAACACGGUCCGUGACUGCUGCCGCAUAAACCGAAUCGACCAGCUGUCUCUGUGACAUUACCGUACAGCGCUCUCGGCGUCGGCACGCUUGGAUCGGAUCAGUUCGGUGCUAUUUUUGUUAUCUUCUGCGCGCUCUCCCUUCCCUAUAACGCCACCCUUUUUUGCUGAAGAUCGGUUCACCAAGGGAGGCAUACAAAAACAAAAAAAAAACACGGAAAAUAACAUCGCAGACAGAAGACGUUGCACGACAACCCGUCAGGUCGGUCGACGAUCGGGCCGCGUGUUGCCGCAUCGUGUCGUGUGCCUGUGUAGCCGCUGGUGUUUGUGACCGUGACAAAAUCGUGCGUGCUAGUGUAGGUACCUUUUUGGGGCACAGUCGGUUUGCGAGCGUGUGCUGUGUGGUGUUAGGAGCAACUGUCAGUGAGUCCCCUCUUCGUAAGAUAAACGUUACGGUUUAAGGAAGAAAGCAGUUUGAUUGGUAAACUAAAAUUGGAAAAUUGGAGAUCAAGUAUUUCAGCAAAAAUGCUGGAUAAAACCCGUGGAAUAUGUAACUGCUAUCUUCCCGCAAUAUUGCUGCUAGUACACGCGCUCAGUGGAUCGGUUGAUGGAAAGCGUGAAAUACCCGUCGGCGCCAUUUUCCAUCAGGUACCGGACUUGAACUACGAGUCCGAGAUUGCCUUUCGGUAUGCGAUCGAGCGUGUUAAUAUGCACGAGAAGCAUUUCGAGCUGGUCCCGAUCGUGCGGUACGUCUCGCCGGAGGAUAGCUUCAAGACGGAGCGGAAGGUGUGCGAGCUGGCAGUGGAAGGUGUGACGGCUGUGUUUGGACCUUCCUCGAUAUUGACGUCAGGUAUUGUUGGUUCCAUCUGCAAAACGCUUGAGAUUCCGCACAUCAUUACGCACUGGGAUCCGGAACCGCUGGGCGGUAUUGAUCCGGAGCUGCAGGCGAUGACAAUCAAUCUUUACCCGGAAGCGGACGUACUAUCCCGCGCACUGGCGGAUCUUAUUGUUGAUUAUAGCUGGAAAAGCUUUACAAUAAUCUACGACUCGGACGAAGGGUUGAUGCGGCUGAAGGACAUACUGCAGAUACAUGGACCAAGUGAUGCACCGAUUACCGUCCGUCAGAUCGAUGAUGAUCCCGACUAUAGACCGCUGCUGAAAGAUAUCCAAUCUUCUGGCGAGUCGCACAUCAUACUCGAGAUAAGGCCCGAUCGCAUACUGGAACUUUUGCGGCAGGCAAAGGAGGUGAAGAUGUUGGAAGAAUAUCAGAGCUACAUCAUCACGUCGCUCGAUGCGCACACGAUCGAUUUUGAGGAGCUCCGCUACUCACGCUCCAACAUUACCGCACUACGUCUAAUGGACACAAAGAGCUUCGAUAUUAAGAAUGCCGUACACGACUGGGAACAGGGAGAAGCACGCAUGAAGCGACAGUUCCGUGUAUCUCCGGAGCAUGUACGCACCGAGUCCGCACUGUACAACGAUGCGGUCAAGAUCUAUGCUACCGCGAUCCGUGAACUGGACGCAACGGAAGAGAUCACACCAUCACGACUUUCCUGUGGCAGCAAAAACCUUCGGCAAUGGCAAUUUGGGUUACGGAUCAUUAACUACAUGAAAGUGAAAACUGAGCACGGCAUUACGGGUCCAAUCAUAUUCGAUGAUUUCGGCCGAAGAGCUCACUUCCAUCUGGACAUUAUAGAGCUGAGCAAGGAUGAGGGCUUCAAGAAGAUUGCUACCUGGGAUCCAACGCACGGUGUUAACUAUACCCGCAGUCAGGGUGAGGUCUACUCUCAGAUUGUGGAGUCCCUGCAAAACAAAACUUUUAUCGUGGCGUCCCGCAUCGGUGCUCCGUUUCUUAUGUUUAAGGAGAAAAAGGAUGGUGAAUUUCUUGAGGGUAACAACCGCUUCGAGGGUUACUCGCUGGAGCUGAUUGAUGGCAUUUCAAAAAUUCUUGGCUUCCAGUAUAGAAUGGAAUUGGUGCCGGAUGGAAAGUAUGGUUCAUACAAUAAGAUCACCAAAAAGUGGGACGGACUUGUGAAGCAUCUGCUGGAUCGUAAAGCCGAUCUUGCUGUUUGUGACUUGACUAUCACGUAUGAACGUAGAACGGCUGUCGACUUUACGAUGCCCUUCAUGACUUUAGGUAUCAGUAUAUUGUACGCCAAACCUGUGCAGCAACCGAAGGAUCUGUUCUCUUUCCUAUCGCCACUAUCACUGGACGUUUGGAUCUACAUGGCGACAGCUUAUCUCGGUGUGUCGGUACUGCUCUUCGUACUCUCGCGUAUGGCACCAGCCGACUGGGAGAAUCCACAUCCCUGCAAGCAAGACAACGACGAGGUGGAAAACAUCUGGGACAUGUUCAACGCACUCUGGUUGACGAUGGGUUCGAUCAUGGGGCAGGGUUGUGACAUACUGCCGAAAGCCAUCUCGACGCGUCUGGUUGCCGGUAUGUGGUGGUUCUUCGCACUCAUUAUGUUGUCGUCCUACACGGCCAAUCUGGCCGCUUUCCUGACGAUGGAGCGCAUGGAUGCGACGAUCGAAUCGGCGGAAGAUCUGGCCAAACAGAGCAAGAUCAAGUACGGCGUGGUGAUGGGCGGUAGUACGAUGGCCUUUUUCCAGACGUCUAACUUCUCCACCUACCAGCGGAUGUGGGCAUCGAUGGAGUCGGCCCGCCCAUCUGUCUUUACCAAAAGCAACGACGAAGGUCGCGACCGUGUCAUCAAGGGUAAGCGGAUGUACGCGUUCUUGAUGGAGUCGACCUCGCUCGAGUACAUCACCGAGCGGUACUGUGAUCUUACACAGAUUGGUGGUCUGCUUGACUCGAAGGGUUACGGUAUUGCAAUGCCCGUCAACUCACCUUACCGUACCGCGAUCAGUGGCGCGGUACUGAAGAUGCAGGAAGAAGGUAAGCUCUAUCAGCUGAAAACACGCUGGUGGAAGGAAAUGCGUGGCGGUGGCCAAUGUACCGAGGUACCCAACUCGUCCCAGGAGAACGAGCUCGGCAUCGGCAACGUGGGCGGUGUGUUUGUCGUCCUAGCGCUCGGUUGUCUGUGUGCGUUCAUCAUCGGCAUCCUGGAGUUUCUCUGGAACGUGCGGAAGGUGGCGGUAGAGGAGAAGGUAACGCCGUGGGAUGCGCUCAAGGCGGAGCUGAAGUUUGCACUCAACAUCUCCGUCACGUCCAAACCGGUGCACAACACGCUCAGCGAAUCAACUGCGAGCGGGAAGAGCUCGCUACGUUCCAAGUCGGAAUCCAGGCGCGGUUCGGAGCUGGCAGGCCGUGGCAACAAUGUACGCACUGCGGCCAGCCUUAACAACAUCGACAAGAUUGGUUUCGUCUUUGAUAAGAACUAGUGUGCCGGAUUAGUAGAUGUCCCUUUCGCAUGCCAGGCUCAUACAGGUUACAUUACCAAUAAAGCGUUCCCUAGCUGCUAGUUAAA